AUGCGCGGCUUUUUGGCAUCGCGGAUUGCGCAGUUUCUGCUCAAUCUGCACGGGCAACGAAGACCUAUCUUCCUGUCCCGGCACGGCCAGUCUGAGUACAACCGAUUAGGCAAGAUAGGUGGGGACUCCGUGUUGACAUCGCACGGGGAGGAGUACGCCACCGCCCUUGCCGACUGGGUGGACAAAGAGGUGAAGAUAGACGCUGCCGGAAAACCCCGGCCUGCCCGGCUCUGGACUUCGUCGCUGAAGCGCACGAGGCUUACAGCCAGACAUAUCCGACACGACAGUCUGACGUUGCCGUCUGGCACGCAGUGGGUACAGAUGCGGCCAAAGAUGUUCCGUAAUCUAGAUGAGAUAUACGCCGGUCUCUGCGAUGGGAUGACCUACGAGGAUGCUUCCGAGCUCGUUGUGCAUUGCGAAUUUUUGCCCACAUGUUUCUCACUUCUGUCCGAGAAGCCGAUUGAGAAGCACAACUGGUGUCUGCUUUCGCAAGCAUUGAAGGUGUGCUCGGAAUCUCGUUCUCGCUGCUUCCGCUUCUGGGAUGAUGACUGCUGCGGAUGCUUGAUUGUUGGUGGUGAGGGUCGUGUUGCCGCUGCUGUGUUGCAGGAGAUCGAGCGCGAAUAUCCAGAGGAAGCGACGGCGCGCAAAGGGGACAAGUCUCUUGUUGUGGCAAUUUCGCAGUUGACCUCGCAGCUAGGCACGCUCACGCAGGGAAGG